AUGGUGCUGAUUUUUCGUUCGGAUUCAAAACCGAAUGAAUUUUUUUCUGUGGUAUGCCCAACUUCUCGUUGUGAUCCCGAAGAAUUAUGGAAUAUUAGAAUGUCGAAUACGUCAGUUUCUUUUAUUCUACACGACGUUAUUCAUAUUCUUGAUUUAUUUGUUCAAAUAGAAUGUGGUAGACGGAUUCUCAUGAAAGGAUUGAUAAAACUUGGAAAUUUUUACAUAAUGGUUUUAUUCUUAUGUUUCACAAUAUCAGUUCGCGUGAUAUUCUACAUUUUGCAACCUCAAUGCACAUUACAAACGGAGAUUUUGAUGCAAUCAACAUUUGGACUCAAACCUCUCUUUACGUGGAUUACUGUAGCAAUUUUCUGUCCUUAUCUGUAA